GUCGGAAUCCUCUCCUCUCUCGUCUCUCUGACCAUUUCACCCCACUCUAUCCAUUCUGUUGUGCCUUCCCCUGAAUCAACGGCCAUCGCAACACAACCUGACUCCUGACACAACCACCCCUCCCAUUACUCACUCAUGGCACCCCAGCCGCCAUCCGAGGUGCCCACGGAGCGUGCACCCCUACUCUUGCCGGAUGAGCGUCCCGAUGGCAGCGACCGUGAUGGCCAUGUUUCAAGCCUACACAUCGUCUCCCAGCGUUUCCUCCUCCCUCUCAUCUUUGUCUCCGUGGUCGCUGCUGAUUUCGGCAAUUAUCUCUCUUACGCUCCUCAGAUCGCCAUUUUCGAGUCCAUCAUAUGCCAUCGGCUCGGUGAAAAUCGUUACAGCCUGGGACCGGGGCCGGGAUGCAAGUCACCGAAUGUGCAAGCAGAACUGGCCCUUGUGAACGGUUGGAAAGACAUGUUUGACCAACUCCCGGGGAUCGCACUGGCGCUGCCCUAUGGUUUCCUUGCGGACCGAGUUGGGCGCAAACCUAUCCUCUUGCUCAGCCUUAUGGGCCUGUUGAUGGAGGAAGUCGCAAUCCGGGUAGUAUGUUGGUGCACUACCGUUUUUCCGAUACGGAUGGUCUGGGUGACCCCGAUCUUCCAACUCAUUGGCGGCGGUCCUCAAAUCUCCACGGCCAUGGCCUAUGCUAUGAUUACCGAUGUGGUCCCUGCUAGUAAACGAGCCUCUGUCUUUUUUCUUGUGGCAGCCGCGAUUCUACUCGGCGAAAUUUUAGCCACCCCACUCAGUGCCUUUCUAAUGUCAUGGAACCCGUGGGUUCCUUCGCUGUUCGGCGUAGCGAUCCAGGUAUUAGGUCUUCUUGUGACGACGCUUCUACCUGAGACAUGUCCCCCAAAAACCCUAGACCGCGAAACAGUGGAGGCUGGGGGCCUUCGCAGCAAUUCUGCUGGUGCUUUUGAUGCUACCGAUCCUCCUGCUGUGCCACGACAUUGCCCGGGUUGUUUUCCGAGAAGCACACUGCGCAACUCUUGGGAUCGAAUGAAAAGUGUCACCGUCGAUGCAAGGAACGUCAAUCUGAUUUGCAUCGUGUCCUCCUUUCUCCUAGCCAGUAUUGGCCGUCAGGCAUUACAAUUGACUAUUCAAUAUGCGUCCAACCGGUUUUCCUGGAGCAUUGCAGGAGCCAGCUACCUCAUCACAGUCAAGGGUCUCAUCAACCUCCUGACUCUUCUGAUUUUGUUGCCAAAACUGUCGGGUUGGUUGCGUAGAUACAUGCGAUUUUCCCCUGUUGCCACAGAUCUUUGGGUCGUGCAGUGGAGUGCGUGGAUCUUAACUUUAGGGAUGGCGCUGAUGGCGAUCGCGGCUCGGCCGCCGCUCUUUGUAUUCGGGGUGUGUCUACUCGCCUUUGGUUGGGGCUUCUAUUCAGCGCUGCGAAGUUUAGCAACGGCGCUGGUUCUGCACUCUCAGAUUGGUGUCCUCAACACGGCCAUUGGUCUAGCACAGAGUAUCGGGUCAAUGGUCUCAGGUCCCCUCCUGGCGAAUGCAUUUCAACGCGGGGUCCACCAGGAUGGGUUUUGGAUGGGAUUGCCUUAUCUCCUAGCCGCCGCUUUGUUUUUCUUGGCGAGUUGUUUGGUGUCUAUUGUUCGCAUCAUGGCUGAGGAACCAGAGCCAUGACCGUUAUCUAGGCAUCAGGAAAAGACGUGAAGACGUGGAGCAUACCAAGUUACAUGGAUUACCUCAUGUGUCCUUGAUCGCGUCUUUGUGACGAGUUGUCAUUCAUAGUCAUAUUUCCAGCAGACAUACCAAUGAC